AGUCCGCUUCAGUAGCUUAGAUUAGAUAUUUUCAGCGACAACUCUAAAGCGAUUUCCCUAGGGAAAACACAAGAUGGUCGCGCCCACGACGUCAGCCUCCGUUUUGCACGGCCAGCUCUGGUCCUCUUUGCAGCGCUACUUUCAACAACAUUCUGGACCACGAGACAGCAAAAACAGCAACACGACCACAGGCGGGAUCAGUAUGGAACCUCAUGCAAUCAUUGGUCUUUCCCCCCUCCACAUUGCGGUCUUUGUCUACUACGUCACGAUGAGCAGCCUGGGACCGCUAUCCUGAGUAAAAACGUACCCACACCAGAGUCAGGAUGGGGAUUUUGCAACACAAACCUAGGAGUUUUGUGAGUCACGCAUGACAAGUUGCACUCUGCAGCGUAGUGCAGGUUAGCAAGUGCAGCCGCAUCACAGAUUCAUCUGCUCAUCCUGUUCACAGCAUCACAAAUUCCAAAACACAAUUGGAAAUGAAUCUCAUGGGGAUGCGCAUUACAAGUCUUCCUGUUUUUGCAAAUCUGCAUUACAACUCUGGUGUGGGUACGUUUUUACUCAGGAUAAACGCUGUUGAUCCGGUUUUCGGAAGAGGACAGCGGGAUAUCAAAUGUAAAAAUGUCUCGGUCUGGAAGAAUGCAACUUGUGAUGCUGCAUUUGGAUUCCAGAAAAAUCUGUAUUGCAUGAGUGCCAAAAGGAAUGCAAUUUUUGCUACGCGGAGAGGGCAUUUGUCAUGCGGAAUAGGCAUCAAGAAGCUCUCAAAAAAUCUGUGAUGCUAGGGCAUGCAUCACAGACAUCAGGGCUCGUGCAAAACGUGCAUGACAAGUGUCAGAACCUUCCAGACCCAGACAUUUUUACAGUUGAUGCGGGAAGUUGGAAUACAACACCGCGUAUCAAAUGUAAAAAUGUCCGGGUCUGGAAGAUUGCCAGGUUUGUCAUGCACAUUUUACAUGACUCCUGAUGUCUGUGAUGCAUGCCCUAGCAUCACAGAUUUUGUGAGGGCUUCCUGAUGCCUAUACCGCAUGACACCCGUGUAGCAAAACUUGGACUCUCUUUGCUGCUCAUGCAAUACAGAAUUUUUCAGAAUCCAAAAUCAGCAUGACAAGUUGGAUUCUUCCAGACCCAGACAUUUUUGCAAUCCAUACCGCGUCGGCGGUUCUUUGCAUCGAAGCGGUGAAGUUGGCGGUUUGCUACGCUAGCGAGCUGCGGAGGGAAGCGGACAAAAAAGGGAAUAACACUCCCGUUCCGAGAAAACAGCAGUUUGGCAGUAGUACGGGAAAAAUCUCUUGGAAUCAGUGGGCGGUCUACGGGAUACCCAGCUUCCUGUACAAAGUAUUGUGUUUUUUCUUCCUUGCUUAUAAUUUGGUGUUGCUUCUUGUUCUACUGAGAUGAUUUUGUAUACGAUUUGUAAAUGUCAGUGGUGCUAUCCCUCGAACGGUACUCUACUUGUUCUAAUUAUGCAUGCCAAAAACCUUUUACUUUUUAUUGCCGAACAACCUAUACAACUCAGGUAUGCAAUUCUGAACAACCUGACCUUCUACGCCACCUACGGCCUUGGUCCCCACUACUACGCGCUUUUCUCGACCGGGAAGGUCCUUUGCGCCGCCGUCGCUGCGAGAGUGUUAAUGCAGAAGAAGCUGAAUGAGAUCCAGUGGGUCGCGCUCGUUUUGCUUGCGUGCAGUCUGUGCGUGGCGAAAGUGGGGAAGGACAGAGAACUCCUAGUACACCACGACGAGCAGAUGAAUAAGGCGAUUGUAGAACAACCACAACCAGGCGUAGUAGUAGAGCAGGAUGUUGGCACAGCAGCUACAACACCAACGGACAGUGCAACAGAAAACGCAAAAAUAUUGAGCUCGCAGCAGCACCAGAAGUUCUUUUUCGGGUUUCUGGCCGUGAUCGCGACCUGCGUUCUGAGCGGUUCCAGCGGGGUGGUAAACGAGUUUUUGCUGAAGCGGAUGGACAGUGAGGAAAGUUUUAUGAAGAAGAACCUCUGGAUGUACCAGUGGGGCUGUUUGCUCAACGGGACCGCGUGCUUCGUUUCGCUAAACAGCAACCAAACCUUCUUCCACGGCUUCAAUUUACCAGUGAUACUCCUCAUCCUCGUGAAGGCCGCCGAGGGGUUGGGCGCGAGCUUCCUACUUUCCUACUUCGACAACAUUGUGAAAGGGUUUGCACUAUCAAAUGUAAAAGUGUCUGGGUCUGGAAGAAUGCAUGUUUGUCAUGCUUGUCUGGCAUGACUCUCAAAUCUGUCAUGCGCGUUGCCCAAGCGCACCAUUUUUCUGUCAUGCAGAGACGCAGUUUGUCAUGCAGAAUAGGCAACACCUAGAGGCUCAGAAACUUCUCAUGCUGAGGCAGCACUUGCGGCCUCCUCAUGAUACGCCACCCAGCAUCACAAGUUUCCAGAUCCAGACUACACUUUUGCACUUGAUAUGCAAGCUGCGUGCAAGUGCUGGCGGUCACGUUUUUCAACUACUUGUUGUUCGCCGGUGAGGAUUAUCAACUGCAAAAAUGUCUGGGUCUGGAAGAAUCCGAACUUGUGAUGCUGCAUCUGGAUUCCAAAAAAACCUGUAUUGCAUAAGCAGCAAAGGGAAUGCAAUUUUGGCUACGUCGCGGAGAGGGCAUUUGUCAUGCGGAAUAGGCAUCACGAAGUCUGUGAUGCUAGGGCAUGCAUCACAGACACCAUGGCCCAUACAAAACGUGCAUGACAAACUUCUGCACUCUUCCAGACCCAGACAUUUUUGCAUUUCAUAAGGAUGUGAACAUCUCCUUCUGUCUCGCUCUUGUGAUCUUCUUCUGCAGCAGCUAUUUGUAUAGUGGAAGGCACAACGCGACUUUGCUAGCGAGUGGUGCUGGUGGACAGCAAAUACAAAUAGGACCAGGACCACCACAGCGCGGUGGAACAACAAGAUUCCAACCCGUUCCAACGGUGGAUCCGGAGGAAAUAAGUUCCAAUGCGAAUAGGAGCGAGAAGCAAGCUGUGGGGAUGAAUCCGGACCAGCUCUCUGAUUUGGAGAUGGGGCGGGUCUCGAAUCAUGAGAGGACCUCCACUGAAGGAACAUCAAUAGGCAACUCCAGUUACAACUUAUCCAGCGGUCCUGGAAUUAUUACGUCUUCAGACGAGCCCCCGAGAGGAGCAUCAGUGGCACCGCACGUUCUUGCACAAGAUAGCCACUAUGGAGUUACAACGGAUCAAUCGCAGAUGAACAAACCCAGCCUAUUCCCAACGUUUUCGCCCAUGAAAACGAGCGCUGUCAGCGGCACAGCGGCCUCAUCGCAAGAACAGCCGCAUCAGUCCUCACACAGCAAGGGCGCACACUCUACCGGGUCGGUGAGUUCUACCGGAUCGUCUACGAGUGCGGGGUCCUCCGCUUUUUCGACACAUUCCGUCACUUCGUAUUAUGUCGCGGAGCAUCACGGGGAAAUUGCACGGCCCGUCAGCGACAAUUCAACCUUUUCACACCUGUACAGUGGCAACGAUCCGGCGGGGGCAGCGACGUUCGGCACAGAAGUGGAAGUGGAUGUAUAGAUACUAGUUUUUGAUUUUGUCAUGCGAAAUUCGCACUUGCAGUGCCGUUUGUCUUGCGCGCUCUUCAUCACGCUAUCAUAUGUCUCUAUUAUGUUCAUUUUUCUAUCGUCUCAGAUCGCCGAUGUGGACAUUGACGUUCUCGCUGAGAAACACCAAGUUCCAGUAAAAUCUGACGCCGCGCUAUCCCGAGAAAAAACUGUUACAGUUACACACUCUACUGAUGGAAGACAAGCAAGACAGACAACCUCUGUCAUGCAGGAAAUGCAUGCCAGCCUCAUUUGAUUCGUGUUUUCCCUUAUAGUCUGCGCAUCACAGGUUUUCGUUGCCAUGUCGAGCAACUUUGUGAUGCAGAAACUCCAACAAAUGUCGUGUAACUGUAACACUUUUUUCCUGUGAUACGCGUUAUUUGAAGAAUUUCUGGGCGGGAACGGCGAUUCCGCCCCGAUGCCGGAGUUUAUUCUGAGUAAGAACGUCCCCAUGCAAAUCUGCAUGCCAAAAAAGUUUCUCAUGCGGAGUGCCUUGAGAGGCAUUUUCCAUUCGUGUUUUGGAAUUUGUGAUGCUGUGAUCAGCAUGAUAUGCUAGACCUGUAAUGCUGCUGAACUACCUAAACAGGACUACACCACGACGACAAACUUGUCAUGCGAAACAACCAAAGCUGGCUGAUUUGUCUAGCAGAUUGCCCAUCUUGACUCUGGUGUGGGGACGUCUUUCCGCAGAAUAGAGUUUGGAUCUUACCUGGGGGAAAGCGGGGAAGACGAGCAGAGAUCAAGCUGGAUGACGAGCGGGUAUACCGGUGGGAGGUCGCCGGAUGAUGAUGAGUACUGAAAAUGAUCGACGAGGCGACCGGACAAGAAUUUUUGCGUGCCACUCACAUGCAUGUUCGUUUUGAAUUUGAUUUUGACUUGCGCUAUCACUUUGAAGACCACCAAUGACUCCUUUGUUGGGUGUACGCAGCACCAAUCGCAACCACGAUUUUGAGUGGUGCAAAGUGCACAUAGG